GGACUGGUUAUUAACAAAACAAAACCUUGUAAAAACUGUCAGUGUUACUCAACCGUGAAAUAAAUGACAUACUUUCUACUAACAAUGCGUAAUAUGAUAACGCUUAUCGGUUGCAAUACCAAUACCUGUUGCCCUUAAUUCCUAAAGUUUUUGACCACAUGCUCCUUGCAUAUAUCACCUAGGAAACCACAAACCGUGCCUGUCAACAUAAUUAUUGACCCAAGUCAGAAAUAUGUUGGACGAGGAAGUGAAACAAAUUCUGCAGAAGUAUCAAAUACAAGAAAGUGAAAUUAAUAAGCUUCUUCAGUUGAGAUCUGUUCAAGAUCACAAUGGAAGCGAUAUUCAAGAACGUCGCCAAUAUCCGUCCCAUCAAGAAGCUGUUACAAGGAAUAAGUCUAUUUUAAAGGAUUUGGAAACUGCCAAGGGAGCUUUGCGAUCAAAAGCCAUUUACAGCCCUUCAGAGGUGCAAUGGGAAUCAAUUUGUAAGUGCUAUCUGGCUACGCCCUCGUUACCGACAACGUCGUGGAAGUGUCAUAUGUCUGUGUUUGUCUAAGGUUUAACACCAUAUGCAUUUGUUUCAUAAAUAAAUAACUUAAAACAUAG